UCGACACCCACGUCUACUAAUACCGCUAUAUUCAAAAGAACCGAAAAUGCCUAGGAAAGAGAACGCUAGUGCUCCCGCAAAUGCUCAGGCUCAACAGGACCUUGUCUCUGAAGGCAUCGAGAACUACGAGCUUCCUCGCGCGCUCGUCACCAGGAUCGCCAAAUCUGCUCUGCCUGAGAAUGUGAAGAUGCAGAAGGAUACUGUCCUUUCGCUCGUCAAAGGCUCGACCGUAUUCAUCAAUUACCUCGCUGCUACCGCACACGAAAUAUCCCAAAACAAACAACACAAAUCCAUCUCCGCCUCCGACGUCCUCAAAGCCCUCGAAGUCGUCGAAUUCGGAGACCUCGUUCCGCGCCUCCAAAUCGAACUCACCGCCUAUCGUGAAGACAUAAAACAGAAACGUCUUCUGGCCCAGCAACGGGCCCAGCAGCAACAACCCCACGGCCAGCCCCACCCCCAUUCUACCUCCGCACCCGCCCCAGGACCUUCACACCCUAACGCCAAACCACGAGCGAAGCCGUACAAGCCGUACCCUGAUGCGAUCCCGAUACCCGCUCCUCCUAGACAACAUGAUCAAGUCGUUGGCCCAGGUGCGGCAGCUCAGGCUCAGGCAGGGAAUGGAAAGGGAAAGGAGCGAGCGAUUCCGGUAUCUGCACCUGUUCAUACGCAGCAACUCGAAGGACCGGGUUCCGCAUCUGCUAUGACGGAUAUGAGCGAAGUGGCAGGGCGGUAUGGCGCUGAGAGGGCAGACGAGGGGAUGAAUGAUGAUGAGGAGGACGAAGGCGAAGCGGAAGACGAGGAGCAGGAUGAGGGUGGGGAGGACGAGGAAGACGAGGGAGAUGAGGAGGGAGGCGAACCUGAGGCGGAGGACGAUGAUGAACGAGUGUUUGAUGUUGAUGAGGCGGAUGGAGGAGUGGCUCACUCGUUUGGUGGGCGAGGAGCCGGAAUGGGCCACGAUUCGAUGGACGUUGACGAGGACGAGGACUGAAAUUUGGUCUCAUUGCAUUAUUUGGAGUUGAUGGAAGUAGAGCUGCGGAUGCAGAAAGAGCG